AUGCAGCGUGUGUCACCGUACUGCCUCGCGUAUAACACGAUGGAGUACAAGGCGCGACUGUGGAACGUCCCACUGGGCGGGGACUGGCUGCAGGCAUGCAUGGGAACAGAACAAAAGAUCCACAAUCGGACGGUGGAAAGGCCAGACAGGUGUGAGGAUCGGGGACAAAACGACGUGUAUUGGGGAUAUUGGCGAAUUGGUUUCGACGAACCCGAGUGCAUAACCAGAUGGGGAGAGACAUGGGAUAAAGGAUGCGUCCGCUUGGGCGUCCACGGCGUUGAGGCGCCGAUGUGGGGCCAGAAGUACAAUGAUGACUGGUACCAGAUGUGUUGGACUACACCGGGCCAUCUACCUGGUAUUUCUAACGAUUUCGGUUUCCCCAACGAUUGUCAACAGCGGAAUGAGGAGGGUGGGGGGAUGAUUGGCGUGUGGGAGUACCACGAUGGGAAUUGUCAUCUAUAG